UGGUUACAUAAAAAAAAGACUCAUCCCCGGUCCACCCACCGGCACCAACGACGACGGCGAGCCAUGUCCGCCGCAUCCGCCUCUGCGGCUCACCCGCCGGAAGACAUCCGCGGAAGCCUCAUCCCCGUUCUGCCAGACGACCUGGCCCUCCACUGCCUCGCGCUCCUCCCGCGCGCCGCGCACCCUUCCCUCGCGCUCGUCUCCCGCGCGCUGCACGACCUCCUCUGCCGCCACCCGGAGCCCCUCCUCGCCGCCCGGCGCCGCCUCCGCCGCUCCGACCCGCACAUCAUCAUCUCAGUCCGUCCGCCCUACCCCGCGUCCCCGCGCUUCUUCCUGCUGCUCCCGCACCCCGGGUGGCCCCCUCUGCCCCUCCCCGCCCCUCCGAUCCCCGUCUCCUCCUCCUCGUCGGCGGCCGCCGCCGGGCACCGGCUCUUCCUCGUCGGCGGGUCCGUCGCCGGGAUCCCCGCCACGUCCGUCCAAAUCCUCGACGCCCGCACCAGAUCCUGGUCCAUCGGCCCGCGCCUCUCCUCCCCGCGGGAGUUCGCCGCCGCCGCGGUCCUCCCCGGCGCGCUGUUCGUCGCCGGGGGCUGUCUCCCGUCCUCCCCCUUCUGGGCGGAAGCUCUCGGUCUCGAUCCCCCGUGCGCCAAGUGGUCCCCGGUGCCCAGCCCGGAGCACCUCCGGGAGAAGUGGAUGCACGGCUGCGUGUCGCUGGCCGGGAAGGUGCUUGCGGUGGCCGACCGCGGCGGCUUGUUGUACGACCCGGCGGCGCCGCCUGGUGAGGCGUGGGCGCCGGUUUCCCCGGCCCUUGACUUGGGGUGGAAGGGCCGUGCUGCCGUGGUCGGUGGGAUCCUCUACUCCUACGAUUUCAUGGGGCAGGUCAAGGGCUACGACCCGGACACUGAUGCCUGGAGCACGGUGGAAGGGCUGGAGAAGGAGCUGCCCAGGUUCCUGUGCGGCGCCACUCUCGCCAAUGUUGGCGGGCUGCUCUACCUGGUGUGGGAAGGCAAGUGUAAAGAGAAAGCCGGUAGUGAACAAGGCAAAGCCAAGGGCAUGGUGGUGAUUGAAUGGGCUACCAUUGAGGUGAUGAGGGUUGAAGAGGGGCGGUUAAUUGGGAAGGUGAUUUCCAGGGACACUAUUCUGUUCACUGAUAUGCCGAGGGGGUCAGCAAUCACACAUUGCAUUGCAUUGGAUCUAUGACAUGGUGCCGCAGAUGAGAAGCAAUGAGCAUGCGUGUUUGGAAAGGUUACUAUGGGCCAAGACUUGAAAAGCCCAGUAUUGUGUGCAGUGCAGCCUAACAUCUGUGGAGAGUGCUAUGCUGAAGGCACGUGCAAGCAUCUGGUUGAGGACAUGCGGAGGGUGAUGGCAGAUGAUGCUAGACGUGUGUGGAAGAUGAAUAUGAUUCUAUUUAAAAGCUGAUUAUCAGAAUCCAUAAUUGCUCAUUCCUCAACAUUAUAAGAGGAAAUGACAGGUUGCUGGUUGGAGACAUAACGAACAGGUAAGGGCAUGUUAGCAGGUGUGCCACUAAUGCUGUGUGGGAGAGAUUGGGGACAAUUGAGCUGGGAUAAAGGUGAGGCCGGUGGCAGUGGCGGAGCUUGGAGAAAAGGUACGGAGGGGCCAAAAUCUGAAUUAGACCAUUUAAUGACUAUUAUGAUGUCUAGCAUGGCCCAGGCUGGUCCCCAUGAAGCUCUGCCACUACUGAGUUGCUGACUUCGACGAAGUGAAACUCUGCUUGGGCUGAAAAAAAUAGGCAGUCUGGGGCUCCUAUUUAGUAAUAGAGGAUAUCAGAUCAAUGUGGUGUAAUGUUCAAGGAAGGGAAGCAAAGCAAUGAUAAAUCUCCUUGGGCAGCUUCACCAAGUUUUCAUAGUGAAAGAGAAGGCACGCAAGAAUUGAGGGCCUAAAAAGACAAAACAUGUUAUGGACAGAGGGAGAACCAAAAGAAUAAAAGAGCUUUAGGGCGCAUGAAUGGGAGCCCAUAUUUGCUGGGGGGUUGAGGAAAAAAAAUCGAUUGCAUUAUGACAAGAUAUUGGAGACCGGAGACAGAACGGAUACGAGAUUUAGAGUCUUUCAGGGUGGCUGAGCCGUAUGCAGCAUUUUCCUAUCUGAUUCAGAAGGAAUUGUUUUACAUGGUUCAUCUUUGAUUUAGCCUUCCACUAAUAAUAACUCGCUGGCCGCUGUGGCUGAUUUAGAUGACUUACUUUCCAUGUGCACCAUAAGUUCAGAACUUCAACUGAUGAUUAUGCGUUCAUAUUUUUCUAAACUCAUGCAGUUUGGACACAAGGUUGGAGACUUGGCAUGAUCCCACUCCCAGGGGAUCAGAAUUACUGUCGAUGGUCUUAGCUGGCUUGUAUUAAGUUGAGGCUUGCAGGCGCACCCUCUGGCAGGCCUAGCUCAUCAGUUAAGCCUAGUGAGGAGCUGGUUAUGCGAAGAGAAGAACAUGGUCGCAAGAGCAUGAUGAUAGCGCUGGAAGUCUACAAGGGAAAGAAAUGGAGGUCACGCCCAUAUCAAUCAAUAAUUAGUGUUCUGGCUAUUCUACUCUUAUUCAGGUUUCAGAAUGGACGUGCAGUUUACUGAUGUGACUAAGUGAGUUCACCCACAAUGAUGAUUGUUUUAUUGUUUUAUAGGUUAUAAUUAGACUACUGAUAGUAUGCAUACUUGGCUGUACUGUACGUCAAACAAUUGCAACUCAGCUAGUUGCCUAAAUGCAUAAUUGGCUGCUUCUA